AUGGCCUCCCUCAUCUCUGACACGGUAAAGAGGCUAUGGGAUGACUGGAAUCUUCGUGCUGCAGUCCUUAUUAGUCUUUUCUUCCAAAUGGCGUUAAUAUCCUUAGCAACAUUUCGAAAACGAACAGGAAACAGAAUAGUGAAUGCCAUAAUAUGGUCUGUUUAUCUGCUUGCCGAUUGGCUUGCUGCUUUUGCUGUUGGACUCAUCUCUAGGGGCCAAAGGAAUGACAAUCCUGAUAAAAUCCGAAUAAAUGAAGAGCUUGCGGCAUUUUGGGCUCCAUUUUUAUUGCUACAUCUUGGUGGCCCUGAUAACAUCACUGCUUUCUCCCUUGAAGAUAAUGAGUUGUGGAUCCGGCAUCUGCUUGGGCUUGUCAUUCAGCUUGUUGCUGUUGCUUACGUCUUUGCCCAGUCCAUCCAUCCUGUACUCUCAGUUCCCACAAUACUCUUGUUUUUCGCUGGAGCUAUUAAAUAUGCUGAGCGAACUCGUGCUCUAUAUUUAGGUUGCUUGGGUAAUUUCAAGGCUUCUAUGCUUCCAAUGCCAGAUGCUGGACCAAAUUAUGUUCAGCUUAUGGAGGAGUACUCAUCUAGGAAAGCUGCUGAUGUUCCGAUUAAGAUAAAAAUAGAGAACGAACCUGAGAGAGGCUCUCAGAUUUCUGAAAUUCGAGAGGAAACAGAUUGGACUACUGAACAAAAUCCUCACCUAGAUGUUGUGCAGACGGGGUAUGAAUUCUUCACCACUUUUAGGGGGCUGAUUGUUGACCAUAUGUUUAGCUUCCAUGAGCGUAAUAAAAGCCGAAACUUCUUCUCCCGAAGGUCUGCCCAUGAUGCUUUCAGAGUGAUGGAGGUGGAGCUCAAUUUCAUGUAUGAUUCUCUCUACACUAAGAUGGCUGUGGUACACAGUAACAUAGGUUAUGUUUUCCGUUUCAUCUGCUCUGUACUUAUAGUGCUUUCUUUUGUGGAAUUUGCAUCACAUCAUAGUCCUGAGAUCAACCAUUUUGAUGUUGCUGUCACCUACAUUUUGCUUUAUGGUGCUGUUGGCUUGGAUCUUGUGGCUUUGAUUAAGGUCAUUUUCUCUGACUGGACUGUAGUUGUGCUUAAGAAUCGCAGAGUUAAACGAAUUGUAUCUGCGGUCCGUGACAAGCUGUCAUCUGAUCGAAGGUGGUCUAAUACAAUCUCGCAGCAUAACUUGAUCAAUUUUUGCCUGAAUCAGCGGUGGAGAUGGUUGGAUAUUGCAGCUGAAACCGUUGGACUCAAGGCUGUUCUUGAUGAAAUGAAAUACAAAAAGGAUUCUGUCAUUAAAGAUAAUUUGAAAGAAUUUAUCUUUCACGAGCUCAAGGGUAAAGCUUACAAAGCAAAAACCAAUAAAGUUGCUAAAGAAAUAUACUCGGCAAGAGGUAAAAGUGCUCUGUCAGAUUACAUUGGCUAUAGAUCUGAGACCAUGUCAUCAAGUGUAAGUGAGGAAGUUGAUUAUGAUGAAAGCGUGUUGCUGUGGCAUAUUGCCACUGAGCUAUGCUAUUCCACAAGCCCUGGUGAUAAAAAUUCCAAUCGUGAAUAUUGCAAGCUUAUAUCUGAUUAUAUGUUGUAUCUCUUGGUUAUGCGGCCUACAAUGAUGUCUGCAGUUGCUGGCAUUGGACAGAUUCGAUUUCAGGACACGUGUGAAGAAGCUAAGAAGUUUUUCAGCAGAGGAUCAAGUUCAGCAACCCGACAAAGAGUUGCUUGUGAAAAGCUACUUAAUGUAAAUACAGAUGUUGAACCCAUUUAUGUGAAGGGUGACAGAAGCAAAUCAGUGCUGUUUGAUGCCUGUAGGCUCGCAAAGGAUUUGAGAAACUUGGAGGAUGAUCAAAGGUGGGAGAUAAUGAGCAAAGUGUGGGUGGAACUGUUGUCCUAUGCUGCCAGUCACUGCCGACCAUAUGCUCACGCUCAGGAGCUCAGUAAAGGGGGUGAGCUGAUUACUUUCGUCUGGAUACUGAUGGCUCAUUUUGGAUUAGGAGACCAAUUUCGGAUUGAGGCUGGGCAUGCAAGAGCAAAAUUGAUCGUGGGAAAGUAG